GCGGACUUCACCUCAGCCUCGCCCUUCAGCCAGUCAGCCCUCUGCGGCUCUACUUUACUGAGUGACUGCAACACCAAGGCUCAAAGGAAAAAAAGACUGUAUUCACGGAUUUGGCCAAUUUUGAGAUAUGGACAUUGAUUCUAAAGCACCCGAGGAAGAACAGGUUACCAUGAAAGCUGAAAGCAAGGAUAAAGAGAAGGUUGACAUAGCCAAUUCAAUGGAAAAGCUUAAAAUUGAUGGGUCAUCAUCUACUUUCAAGAAAAAGCCUGUUAUCAUCAUUGUGGUUGGAAUGGCAGGUAGUGGGAAAACUACACUUCUUCAUCGGCUGGUAUGUCACACGAUGGCUUCUAAUAUUCGAGGUUAUGUUAUGAACCUCGAUCCUGCUGUGUUGACCCUUCCAUUUGGAGCAAAUAUUGACAUAAGAGACACUGUUCGCUACAAGGAAGUCAUGAAGCAAUUCAAUCUAGGGCCUAAUGGAGGAAUCCUUACUUCACUAAACUUGUUUGCAACAAAGUUUGAUGAGGUCAUUUCAGCUAUAGAAAAACGAGCUGACCAGUUGGACUAUGUUCUAGUUGACACUCCUGGUCAGAUAGAGAUAUUCACUUGGUCUGCUUCUGGUGCAAUUAUCACAGAAGCUUUUGCAUCUACCUUUCCUACUGUGGUAACAUAUGUAGUUGACACACCCCGAUCUGCAAGUCCUGCUACUUUUAUGAGCAACAUGCUUUAUGCAUGCAGUAUCCUCUACAAGACACGACUGCCUCUGGUAUUGGCAUUCAACAAGACAGACGUAGCACAGCAUCAAUUUGCUUUGGAGUGGAUGGAGGAUUUUGAAGCAUUUCAUGCAGCGCUUGACUCGGACAACUCUUACACUUCAACUCUGACACGAAGCCUAUCCCUUUCGCUGGAGGAGUUCUAUAAGAAUCUGAGGUCUGUAGGAGUUUCUGCUGUUUCAGGCGCGGGGAUGGAUGCGUUCUUUAAGGCCAUUGAUGCAAGUGCAGAGGAGUACAUGGAAACUUACAAGGCUGAACUUGACAAGAGACUGGCGGAGAAGCAACGGUUGGAGGAAGAACGCAGGAUGGAGAACAUGGAGAAGCUCAGGAAAGACAUGGAGAAGUCUCGGGGAGAAACUGUGGUAUUGAGCACUAGCUUAAAGGAUAACACCAUGAUGGAAGAAGAUGAAGAGGACGAAGAUCUGGAGGAAGAUUUUGGGAGAUUCGGCGAGGAUGAUGAUGAUGAUGAUGGUGGCAUAAGUGAUGAGGAUGAAGAAAUUGGAAGUUUUUCUUUCUGAUAUGGCAAAAGAAAAGUUUGUAUAUUACUGAUGGAUGAAAGUGAACUGGACCAACUUACAAGAGACGUAAAUGUCAGUUUUGCCCUUAUGCAGUGAUAA